CCGUUUUCCCAUUCCAGGACGGAAUCGCCAGCGUGCUUAUAUUCGGGUAACCUACUUUCUUCCUUUCCCAAUCCCCAUUAAUGCAGAAAACAAAAACGCGACAGAGCACUAAAGACACACCGUUAAACACAAUUAAACUAGGUAAUAAUGCUGAUCCAAAGAACAGGGAAGCGUUGGAUUCUUCGGCUUUGUCGAAAAUUGAUACAAUUCUUAAAAUUCUGAAAAAACACGGAAUGCCUAUGACUACAGUAGAUUUAGAAAAUGCCUUGAAACAACAGUGUGUAAUGGAGAAAGAAAAUUGGGCUGAAGCAACUAGUUUGUCCAUAUAUUCUUUUUUGAUGAAUUACAUUCGGCAUUGUGCUUCUACAAAAACCCCUACAAAAUUGCGAUUUUUUUACGCCAGAUCAGGAAUAAAUGCUCAUGUAUUCUACUGUUCGAAUUCUAAAAGUAUACCAACUCGCAAGUCUCCAGCAGUGAGCUCUAAAAAUCAAAAAAAACGACAAGCUCCAGAUGAAUGGGUACCUUCAAAGCACACGAAGUCAAAGGAAAGAAAAACGGGAUCGCUGAAAGUGCUUUUACGUAAAGCAGCGACUUGUGAAGAAAAUUCCGUGCAAAGCAAAGAAUCAAACAACCCAAAGCCCGUCCUACAAGCUUCAUUUGGAGGCGGUUCCUUUCUGUUUCUUGAAACAAAUGGUUAUCUUUGGGAUCCUAGUUGUUCGAUAGACCAUGAAGAAAUGUUUGUCGAUGCAGUGAAACCGCUUAAAGACUUAAACGAGUUAGUCCCCCAUUUAAUGCUUGAAAACGAUUCUAGGGACCGGCUCGAACCAAUCUUCUUAAACGAACUUGGUAUGGAAAUUUAAAACCCUUAAGCUGUUUAAACCUUAAUUAUUUGACACAUUAUACAUUAGAAUAGGUGAUCUAUGAGCCUUCUUUUUCACCUGUAAACUACUUAUGUCUUUACUUUCCGCUGCCACUGAUCCUUCAGACUUUGAAUCAGCUUAAUAUGAGCAGGAGUAUUUGAAAGCCUUACGAGUUAGUGUGAAAUGAAACAAAAAGCAUGCUUACCAA